ACCAGUCAGCACAGGUACAUAAUACUGUAAUAAAGUAGCGUUGCUACUUGACAGAAUGACAGUGCAAUAAACAAGCAUAGGGAUGAGACCGGGGUGCGGUGCGGAGCGUCCUGAGUCCUGACGGCCGGCCUGCCUGAGUGCCUGACCCAACCGGUGGCCUCGGAUCCGGAGAUUCCGCAGACACACAUGAGUGCCAGCCACUGCUACCCACACCACCCGCUCUCUCUCUCUCUCUCUCUCUCUCUCUCUCUCUCUCUCUUCUUCUCCCUCUCCUCCUGUCCUGGUACUUUGCAAUGUCUGAACUUGAACCGGAACCAGCUUGCUGCCACCUAAUCUGCCGUUUCUCGCUGCUUUCCUGCUCCACCUUUCCCUCUCUCCUGCUCAUCGGCGUAUAACAGCUGCACUGCAUCCACGUUGUGGCGCAUGGCCGUGGCAGUGGCGUGCCUCUGCCUCUUCUUCUCCCUCCGCUAAAACCUGUUGUCUUGUCAGUGAGGCUUCGCUUAAACCUCGCCACCAAUCCACCUACUCCCUGGCUUUGCAAGCAAAGCAAAGCAAAGCCGCAGAGCCACUUUCUUUGCGCUGCGCUGCUGCUUCCGGCACAAGCAACGACACAGAUUUGCAAGUGACACCAGCUGCAGCUGAUCCUACAGCACCGCCUCACCUCAUCCUCCUCAUCGGCUUCAUCGUCGUAGUUUGGUCGCCUGCCUGGGUGGAUAUGCUCUGGGAGUGAAGUGUAGUAUCUCUCAAGUACAGUGUCAAACGCUGUCGGCUGCCUGCCGACCUGGCAGGCUGUGGUUUCGUAAGCUGAGCUGCAGAGGAGGAUGCCUCCUGACGUGAUGAACGGGAGGUGGAGGAGCGCGUGCGCGGCGGCGGCGGCGCCGCUGCUGCUGUGGUGCGCGCUUGUCCUGGCGUGCAUGGGCAGCGCGCUGGCCGUGGACGCGCAGGGCGCGGCGCUGCUGGCCUGGAAGCGCACGCUGCGGGGCGGCGCGGAGGAGGCGCUGGGGGACUGGAGGGACUCCGACGCGUCGCCGUGCCGGUGGACGGGCGUGUCCUGCAACGCGGCGGGCCGGGUCACGGAGCUCAGCCUGCAGUUCGUCGGCCUGCACGGCGGCGUCCCCGCCGACCUGCACUCCUCCGCCGUCGGCGCCACGCUGGCGCGCCUCGUGCUCACGGGCGCCAACCUCACGGGCCCCAUCCCGCCGCAGCUCGGGGACCUGCCGGCGCUGGCGCACCUCGACCUCAGCAGCAAUGCGCUCACGGGGCCGAUCCCGGCCGCCCUCUGCCGCCCGGGGAGCAGGCUCGAGAGCCUCUACGUCAACUCCAACCGCCUCGAGGGCGCCAUCCCGGACGCCAUCGGCAACCUCACGGCGCUGCGGGAGCUCGUCGUCUACGACAACCAGCUCGAGGGCCCCAUCCCGGCGUCCAUCGGCCAGAUGGCCAGCCUCGAGGUGCUCCGCGCCGGCGGCAACAAGAACCUCCAGGGCGCGCUCCCACCGGAGAUCGGCAGCUGCUCCAACCUCACCAUGCUCGGCCUCGCCGAGACCAGCAUCUCCGGCCCGCUCCCGGCGACCCUGGGCCAGCUCAAGAGCCUCGACACCAUCGCCAUCUACACCGCGAUGCUCUCCGGCCCGAUACCUCCCGAGCUCGGCCAAUGCACAAGCCUGGUCAACGUCUACCUGUACGAGAACGCGCUGUCCGGGUCGAUCCCGCCGCAGCUCGGCAGGCUCAGCAACCUCAAGACCCUGCUGCUGUGGCAGAACAGCCUCGUCGGCGUCAUACCGCCGGAGCUCGGGGCGUGCGCGGGGCUCGCCGUCCUGGACCUGUCCAUGAACGGGCUCACCGGCCACAUCCCGGCGUCGCUCGGGAACCUGACGUCGCUGCAGGAGCUGCAGCUCAGCGGGAACAAGGUGUCCGGCCCGGUCCCGGCCGAGCUCGCGCGCUGCGCCAACCUCACCGACCUCGAGCUCGACAACAACCAGAUAUCCGGCGCCAUCCCCGCCGGCAUCGGCAAGCUCACGGCGCUGCGCAUGCUCUACCUCUGGGCCAACCAGCUCACGGGGAGCAUCCCGCCGGAGAUCGGCGGCUGCGCGAGCCUCGAGUCGCUCGACCUGUCGCAGAACGCGCUCACCGGGCCCAUCCCGCGCUCCCUGUUCCGGCUGCCGCGGCUCUCCAAGCUGCUGCUCAUCGACAACGCCCUCUCGGGCGAGAUACCGCCGGAGAUCGGCAACUGCACGUCCCUCGUCCGGUUCCGCGCGAGCGGCAACCACCUCGCCGGCGCGAUUCCUCCCGAGGUCGGUAGACUUGGCAACCUCAGCUUCUUUGACCUGAGCUCGAACAGGUUGUCAGGCGCCAUCCCCGCGGAGAUCGCCGGGUGCCGGAACCUCACGUUCGUCGACCUCCACGGCAAUGCCAUCGCCGGCGUCCUGCCUCCGAGGCUGUUCCACGACAUGCUCUCGCUGCAGUACCUGGACCUGUCGUACAAUUCCAUCGGCGGCGCGAUCCCGCCGGACAUCGGCAAGCUCAGUUCGCUCACGAAGCUCGUCCUUGGCGGGAACAGGCUCACGGGCCAGAUACCUCCAGAGAUCGGCUCGUGCUCACGGCUCCAGCUCCUGGACCUCGGCGGCAACACGCUGUCCGGCGGGAUACCGGCGAGCAUCGGCAAGAUUCCGGGGCUGGAGAUCGCUCUCAACCUGAGCUGCAACGGUUUGUCGGGCGCUAUACCGAAGGAGUUCGGCGGCCUCGUUCGGCUCGGCGUGCUCGACGUGUCGCACAACCAGCUCUCCGGUGACCUCCAGCCCCUGACCGCGCUCCAGAACCUUGUGGCCCUCAACAUCUCCUUCAACGGCUUCACCGGCCGCGCGCCCGCGACGGCGUUCUUCGCGAAGCUGCCGGCGAGCGACGUGGAGGGCAACCCAGGCCUGUGCCUCUCGCGGUGCCCCGGCGACGCAAGCGAGCGCGAGCGCGCGGCGCGGCGCGCCGCCCGCGUGGCCACCGCGGUGCUGGUGUCCGCGCUCGUCGCCCUCCUCGCCGCCGCGGCGUUCCUCCUCGUCGGCCGCCGCGGACGCUCGUCGGUGUUCGGCGGCGCGCGCUCCGACGCGGACGGCAAGGACGCCGACAUGCUGCCGCCGUGGGACGUGACGCUGUACCAGAAACUGGACAUCACCGUGGGCGACGUGGCGCGCAGCCUGACGCCGGCGAACGUCAUCGGGCAGGGCUGGUCCGGGUCGGUGUACCGCGCGAGCGUGCCGUCCACGGGCGCGGCCAUCGCCGUGAAGAGGUUCCGGUCGUGCGACGAGGCGUCCGCCGAGGCGUUCGCGUGCGAGGUGGGCGUGCUGCCCCGGGUGCGCCACCGCAACAUCGUCCGGCUCCUCGGGUGGGCGGCCAACCGGCGGACGCGCCUCCUCUUCUACGACUACCUCCCGAACGGCACCCUCGGCGGCCUGCUGCACAGCGCCGGCGGCGGGUCGGCCGGCGCCGCGGUGGUGGAGUGGGAGGUGCGGCUCUCGAUCGCCGUCGGCGUGGCCGAGGGCCUCGCGUACCUGCACCACGACUGCGUGCCGGCGAUCCUCCACCGCGACGUCAAGGCCGACAACAUCCUCCUCGGCGAGCGGUACGAGGCGUGCCUUGCCGACUUCGGCCUCGCCAGGGUCGCCGAGGACGGCGCCAACUCGUCGCCCCCGCCGUUCGCCGGCUCGUACGGGUACAUCGCUCCCGAGUACGGGUGCAUGACCAAGAUCACGACGAAGAGCGACGUGUACAGCUUCGGGGUGGUGCUGCUGGAGGCCAUCACGGGGCGGCGGCCGGUGGAGGCGGCGUUCGGGGAGGGCCGGAGCGUGGUGCAGUGGGUGCGCGAGCACCUCCACCAGAAGCGCGACCCCGCGGACGUGGUCGACCAGCGGCUGCAGGGCCGGGCGGACGCGCAGGUGCAGGAGAUGCUGCAGGCGCUCGGGAUCGCGCUGCUCUGCGCCAGCGCGCGGCCCGAGGACCGGCCGACGAUGAAGGACGCGGCGGCGCUGCUGCGCGGCCUCCGGAGCGACGACGGCUCCGCCGAGGCGCGGAAGGUCAGCGGGUCGAGGCCGCCGCCGCUGGACUCGGCCAGGUGGGCCGCUGCCUCCUCGCCCGCCAAACCCACGGCCCUCCCGCGGCCGUCGCCGUCCGCGUCCAGCUCGCUGGCGUACUCAAUGUAACAGCUAGCGUCGCCCGCCGGAGGACUAACUCAGAAGAGGAGGAGGACCGAGACCGACGGCGACGGUGGCGCCACCCCUAAGCUUGGCUCAGACAUGGUAGGUAACAUUGGCUGGACGCUGUCGAGAGCCUAUGAACCGUCGGCGUGCAGACGGGCCGCCGCUCGUCACAGUGCAUGGUCAUGUGGACCACAGGACCAGAGGAUGUGGGGUAGGGAGGAGGACGAAGGGCGCGCCACCAUGACAUGGAUGAGUGAAUGAAUGGAUCUAAGCAAAGCAAUAAUUCCCAUUGUACCAUACGUACGCAUAGCUGUAGAACAGUGCAUGUUACCCAAUGACCAAUUGCAUCCGUAACCUGAUAUGAUUUUGUCGCCAA